UCAGGCUGCCACGAAUGCAGAAGUGCUGAGCUGUUUUGUUUUCUGCAUGUUGUUGUUGUGUGUAGGAUAGAAAAAGGGCAUGUCCAAAAUGGAAGCACGCGAAUGGACUGCCAUCGUACUCACAGUACAAGAUCAGGCAACUGCACAGGCAUUCUUAAAAGAGCUUGAGAGCCGUCAAAAUAAAGGAUACAUAUCGAAGUCGACUCUUCUUCUGUGUGUGGAAGACCCCCAUUGCAAAGUUGGAAGCGGGGGUGCAACUCUUAACGCAUUGCUUGUUGUUGCUGAGCAUCUGAGUGCACAGUCGGGACAUACAGUUGUCACUUCUGAUGUCUUGAAAGGCACAAGAAUUUUACUUUGUCAUGUUGGAACACAUUUUCCAUUUUCUGCCUGUCAACGAGGAUUCACAGCAUUACCAAUUGAGGUGUGCCAAAGUGGAUUUGACUCAUCAAAUCAAUGUGAAAUCACUUGCAUUUUUGAUCUGUAUUUGAGCAUCAUAAUGCCAAAGCUGGCACAUGAUGCUCCAGAUGGACUAUGGAUAUGCAGUACUGAUCGUGUCCUGUAUUUGCCAGAUCAAAUUAAUAUUUGUUGGAAUGAUGCUGCUGAUGUCCGUGUUUUCACUGUGCUAAAAAAUCCAGAGGAUGUUGCACUUUCGAAUGGUGCAUGCAAAGUGAGCGAGUCUGGAGAUGUUCAAGACAUUAUAUAUAAUGGAUCUCAAAAAGAUGUCGAAGCCUGCAUUCUUUCUGAAGGGAAAGUACCAACUUUAUUUGGUGUCGUCUUUAUGACAACGACCGUCGCUGAAGCUCUGCUAGCACUUCACGUACAAGCGCCAUUAGAAGCCUGCACAUACAUGGGAGUUGACAGUGCUGUUAAACCAGUAAAAAACUUGUCUCUCUUCUAUGACAUGCUGCUUGCGAUGGCUACAGGCGUUCAAGAGGGCGACUUCGUUGCUGGACGGCGAAGUGGUGAAUUCAGCACUCGUCCUUUACAACUGGAUGGGUUUGAUAAACAAAAUAGGAAAAUGGCGAGACAGCUUCUUUGGGAUACCCUGCAAGGCUAUUCAAUGAAAGCUGUGAAUAUAAAAGAGGGAGACUUCCACUAUAUGUACUCUUGCGCGAGGGAUUUACACAAUAUAAUGGUAAACACAAAUUACUGUCAAGCUUCAAUCGGCAAGAGGGUGGUUCCAAAAAGACAUUUAAAUGCAGUAGUUCAUGAUGGCAUCGCUGAAAGUAACACGACCAUCAUCAACUCCAUUGUCAAGCAGGCUCAACUUGGAGAGGGAACGGUUGUUUGCCAUUCACAUAUACACGAGCGUGUUUCUAUUGGGGAGCGAAGCUUGAUUUUAAACUUGGUUCCGGGAGAUCUUCAGUUAUCAACAGCAGGAAAGAAAAUCGAUAAAGAGUUGGUGAUUCAAGGUUUGACCAUAAGGCUUCCCUCCGGCCGAAGCCAUUCAGUCACAGGCACUCAGCGAGUCCUAAUCAUACUUGGGCUCCAUGACAAUUUAACGAUGGACGUUAACGAUCAACGAAGCACUUUUUGCAAUGCCUCUUGGGAUAGCUUCUUCAACCGUACCGGAAUAAUGGCGCAAGAAUUGUGGAGCACAAAUACCGGUGGACGUAAAAACUUGAUGAACGCAAGAUUAUUUCCGAUUUUCAGCCCAGGGGAUUCAUUGGAUUUUCUUGACUUGCUGUGGUUGCAAGGAUCCGAUAGUGACCCGACCCGACUUUUGAAGUGGAGAAAUUCUUGGCGAUUAUCGAUGGCAGACAUUGUGAAUAUAUAUGAUGUGGAGUCAGAGUUGUCCGCAAGACGAAACCUCCUGUACAGCAUUGGGAAGAAGUUAACAAAAGAGGCACUGAUUGGAGGGCACGAUCGAUGUUUGCUGCCAUUUUUUAGAUAUUGUAUCUUAGAAGGAUACUUUGAAGAAAUACUUUCAGUUCUUGACAAUGUUGCAAGUCAAAACAAGGAGAAUCAGCGAGCAGUUCUGUCAAGGACGUUUGCCUGCAUAGCAGAUAUAAUCGGAGACAAAGCGCAGAAUAAAGGAGGCCUUAGAAGUGGCCCAGCAUCCAACCUGUCAUGGCAGAAGGGAUUUGAGCUUCUAGAGCAAGACAAAAUUGCAGAUGCAGUUUCUUUUUUUGCUAAGGAAAGGCAAUCGUGGCUUUCAAGGCCUGAUCUACUUGUGCGAGCUGCAAGGCAUUACGAAGGCGCUUUUCAGGUGCAAGUCAGGAAAGCUGUUGGCACGGCAAGACAGUUUAUUCAGUUAAAGUCAUGUCAGCCUGUUCCCAUCGGAAAAAGCGUCAUCGCAGAGGCUCCAGCGAGGGUUGAUAUUGCUGGAACUUGGAGUGACACGCCACCAAUUUGCUAUGAGCAUGGAGGCUCAGUCAUUACUGCUGGUGUGAAAAUAGACUCAAAGAAACCUAUCGGAUGCAGAGUAAAACGACUCGCCGAGCCAUACAUUGUCCUUGUGCUUGGCAAAGGGGAUAGCAAUCUUCGUCUAGAAUGUCGGGAAUUAGAGGAAAUGGCUAAUUACAGACAGGUUAACUCACCGGGUACCUUGUUGAAGGCUGCAUUUUUCUGUGCUGGAAUACUUACACACAACUCAAAUAGUUCUUUAGAAAGUCAUCUUAAAGAAAAUUAUGGCGGUGGGUUUGAGCUACAGACUUGGUCCGAUUUGCCUCAUGGGUCUGGUCUCGGAACAAGCAGUAUUCUAGCUGGUACUAUUAUGGCUGCAUUAUGGCGAAGCAUUGGGAAAGAACCGGAUGUUGAUUCAGUCAUUCAUGCGGUGCUGGACCUGGAACAAUUAAUGACGACCGGCGGAGGAUGGCAGGACAACGUUGGUGGACUUGCGCCUGGAAUCAAAGAAGGAAGUUCCAAACGAGGCUUGCCUCUCAAAGUGACAGCCACCCCUCUCAGUAUGCCGCAAGGCUUCCUAGAGCAUUUUGAAAAGCACCUUAUAUUGAUAUUUUCGGGGAAAACCAGAUUAGCUAGAAAUAUGCUUCAGGAUGUCUUGCGAAACUGGAAUGCACGUUUCCCUGCAAUAGUGAAUACGGCUGACCAGCUAGUUGAAAAUGCUAAAAAUUGUAUUCAGGCCUUUGAGAAAGGCGAUUUAGAAGGUAUUGGUGAAACAAUGAAUGUUUGCUGGAGACAUAAAAAGUUGAUGGCCCAUGGAUGUGAGCCGAAAAUUUGCAAAAUCAUUAUGGAUGCAAUCAGCCCGCUGGCAUACGGUCAAUGUCUUGCUGGUGCAGGAGGAGGUGGCUUUCUUUACGUCAUAACCAAGAACGCUAAUGCUGCGAAGGAGUUAUCAUCGAAAUUAGCUGAAUUAGGGGAUAUUGGGAGAAAGACUAGUGUUCAUUCUGUGGAAAUAGACAAACAAGGACUCACAGUUAAAGUUGAAGAUAAUUAGAAUUUAGUUUUGCAAAUAAUUGCCAAUAUGUUUCAAUAAGUAGAUCCUUCUGUUGACAUUUAAAGGCUAUUGCGCAACCGGCAUGCUUUGCGACUAUAUUUUCAUAACCGGCCUAAUAUAGUACUGCAUGAAAAUAAAAAACACAAUCAAUUUCUCAGGACAGGUGUCGCUAAGCAUGCCGGUUGCGCAAAGGCCUUUAACCAGGAUUUUCAUUUUGGUUUUCUUUUUUCUUUUGAUGGACAACCCACUUAUUAGAUGUGAUAUUUUCUUCUGACGCUUGGGUAUAACUGAUAUUGUAAAUUGUAUUGAUUUGAUGUGAAUCUCUAAAAGGGGUUUAUUUUAUUGAAGUAUUAUCCUAGAAUCGUUAAUAGAUAAAAUAUGUCCAGCUAUUUGUCUUCUCUUGGUA